AUGGGUCGUAGAUAUUAUAGACAUGGAUAUUUACCAAUACGUGAGGAUGAUUGUUCAUACGUUUGGCAAAUUCCCGCUGAAAAACGUUGUGAAUGGGUUAUAAAAACUGAAGACUGUAACACUGAUUCCGUCAUUCAAUAUACGGAAGUCCUAUUUUGUACUUUUAGAUCGGAGAAUACAUUUUUGUUCAGCUUUGGAUUGAUAUUCUUAGUACUAUGGCUUUUAUAUCUGUUUCUGAUGUUAGGGAGCACAGCAGACGAUUUGUACUUUUGCCCGUCACUGGCGGUGAUAGCCAGUAUAAUGCAGCUAUCGGACAGUAUAGCCGGGGUGACGAUAUUGGCAUUCGGAAACGGUGCACCUGACAUCUUCACGUCUCUCGUAUCGACUAGCGAAGAGGGGAUAAUAAUGUUUACAGAAUUAAUUGGCGCCGGUGUCUUUGUUACGACAAUGAUCGCUGGAUCGAUCGCCGUGGUCAAACCCUUUCGAGUCCCCUUGAAACUCCUUAUGAGGGAUGCUUGUUUUUAUAUGAUGUCGAUAUGUUGGAUCAGCUACGUCGUGAAUGAUGAAACUGUUUACAUUUGGGAAGCUGUCACUAGAAUCCCAAAUGUGUCAGAUCCAAAUAUUCUGCGCACUUACUUGGCGAACAAGGACACUGCCAGUAUUCCUAGGAUUCCCAUGAGGAAACGUGCUUUUGGUUUGCGAACAAAGCUCGAUGUUGCAGUUGCAACCGAAUUACAAAGUGAACAAAUUCGUGGAAAUCUGUUGUUACCAGAGGAACCUGAAGAGAUAGAAGACCCAAACAGACCAAAGGGGCUUUUCAAAGAAUUUCUAUACGAUAUCAAUCCAAUAAGCAAAGAUGAUUGGACGAGCGCUAACUGGGUUUUUAAAAUCAUUUUAAUUAUACGAUCACCUGUCAUGCUGCUACUUCAAUUAUUUAUCCCGCUUGUGAACACCACUGCGACGAUGAGGGGCUGGUCCAAGCUGCUAAAUUGCUUCCAGCUGUGUGUUUUUGCAUUUCUCGGCUUCUUGACUGCCAUGCUGAUGGUUUAUUUGAUAGCUGGCGAAGUGGUGGCUGUUCUUCAAUGUGUAGGAUACGCUUUCAGUAUAUCGGAUGCCAUGUUAGGUAUUACACUUCUUGCAUGGGGUAACAGUGUAGGAGAUAUGAUAUCAAACCUCGCCAUAGCUAAACGAGGAUUUCCUCGGAUGGGAUACGCAGCUUGUUUCGGUGGUCCAAUGUUCAAUACACUAUUGGGAUUGGGUCUAACAUACGGAAGAGCUGCCUUUAAUCAUCCAAACUUUUAUACAAAAAUGAGAAUGAGCGACAUGGCACCUGGUUGCAUAGCUUUCCUUCUAUGUUCAUUAUUAGUAACUAUUAUUUAUUUAAAUAUUACUGGAGCUAUCGCACGAAGAUCAUACGGUUAUACAUUGUAUUGCAUUUAUUUCUCGUUUAUGAUGAUUCAAUUUCUUAGUGAAUUUAAAGUGAUUCAUCCUCUCGGUACUGAUCAUCGUCCGACAGAAGAUUGA